AUGACAAAUCCAAAUUAUGGUUUUGAAGAGCCUAAAAACGUCGAAGAACCGCAGGCAGUGCCACAAACAGGAAACCAUAACUUUUGGACCAUUGAAUACUAUCAGAAAUACUUUGAUGUCCAUACCCAUGAGGUGGUAGAAAGGAUUAUUUCAUCCGUUUUACCACAGAAGGUGUCACGUAAUUAUUUUGAUGAAAGGAUCAAGGGAAAACCUGACUUGUACGGACCAAUUUGGAUAUCUGUUACUUUAAUCUUCACAAUUGCGGUGAGCGGCAACAUUGCAAACUAUCUUCAGAGUGCAAACAAGGCAGUGCACUGGCGUUAUGACUUCCACCUGGUGUCAUAUGCAGCGACAGCCAUAGUAUGCUACGUAUGGUUGGUGCCCCUAGCAUUAUGGACGGCACUUAAGUGGACAACGGUACCAGAGGGACAGGACGAAAUUGAGACACAGCAAUCAACUUCACCAACAAUGAUGUCACUGUUUUGUCUCUACGGAUACUCCCUGUCCAUCUACAUCCCGGUGGCAGUUUUCUGGACGAUCCAAGUUUCCUGGUUGCAGUGGCUUUUCGUUCUGAUGGCGGCUUUUGUGUCGGGGGCCGUGCUGAUCUUUUGGCUGCUGCCCGCGUUGAGGAAGUCAAGAUAUUUUCCGAUACUGGUCGGCUCCAUACUGGCAUUCCACUUCCUCCUGGCGGCCGGUUUCAUGCUUUACUUUUUCCACGUACCCGACACUGUUGAAGCAAGUCCGGCCGUAGCGAGCAGUUCGACACUGAAAAGUGUGAAC